AUGCUUGCCGUUCUCUUGCCUAACAGUUUGCACAGACAAGCAAAAGUGAAAUGUGUCCAUGAAGGGCAUCCACCCUGUCAACGUUGCUUAAAGAGCAAGAAUGAUGGUUGCAAUUUAACCGACCCCCGUGUCUCACGACAAAGGACACGGAGAAGCACUGCCACAGCGAGAACCCAGAAAAAACGCAAGGUAUCAUCCGAUUUAUCGCCAGGGCCAGACGUCGCAGAAAGACGUCUCCCUAAAACUGCCCUUGUGGCGCAAGACUCAACCGAAAAUCCAAUAGCAGCCUUAUCACCAGCGACGGUGAUUAACGCAGUAGAAACCUACAGGAAGAAGUUUCCUAUAGCGAAUUUCCUUCAUUAUCCAUCAUUAAUAUCCGACAUAUCAUCCAAUGUCCACUCAGUGGACUCUGUGUUUAUCGCGUCGGUUCUUUCUUUAUGCGUGCGGUUCAUGACCAGUGGAGAACUUGAAGAAGAGGAUGUCUAUGCCAAUUAUGCGCGCAAGCACCUUGCUCACCGUGUGCUAGAAGCUCCAUCGCUCUACCUCGCUCAGUCGCUCGUGAUGAUAUCAUUUUAUGAAUGGGGCACAGGACGACCGUACCAAGCUUGGAUGUAUAGCGGCAUGGCAACUUAUAUGAUACAGUCUCUGCUGAAAAUGUCGGAUGAUAGUAUGGAACACAAUCCACAAGAUUUCCAUGCAUCACAAACUCAAUACGAGCAGCUCGUUCGGACCUACUGGUGUUGCUUUACGCAGGACUGUGAGCUCAGCUCGGGCGCUCGCCAGCAUUUUGCGCUUUCUUUCUCUCACAUAUCUGUGCCUCUUCCCAUCAGUGAUCGGGACUUCACAUUCAAUCAGACACCAGCCCACCGGUUGAUGCCUGCUGAUAUGAAUAAGAAUUGCCUGUUAGCCAGAGGCUUGACGAUUGAAAAUGGUCUUACCAUUGUCACGCGUGGAUUUGACAUAUUUAUCCGGAUUUUACGGUUCGCCAACGAACAUCGAAGAUCCCUAGCUUCUCUGUCUUCCGAUGACUCGGCGACAUCACCGCUCCUUUUGACUUGGCAGAGGCUUAAAGAAGAACUAGACGAGUGGAGGUCGCUGCAGGAUAUUACGGUUCAGUACCCUGUCACUAGUGUUCAGACCCACGUUGCUCUUGGGUAUGGUGAAUUGUUUGCAUAUAUUAAUCUGGUUUACUGCAUGAGCAUACUCUUUCUACACCGAGACCGCUUUUUGUCUAACCUCAAGCCCCAUUCGGACGUCUUCCACGACACGAUGGAUGAUGCACAAGGCGAACCAGAUACAAUUAAGCAGCUAUUUGAAGCCGCCCAGCAGAUAGGGAGUAUUCUCGCUGCCUUAGACGCUUCUGGAGCACCUGUCAUCUCACCAUACUCCGGGUUCAGUGUUUUCGUCGCAGCGCAUAUCAACAUGUACGGGACGGUUGCCCCGCAGAGGUAUCCAGGCGGGCUGGAGAGAGCCGAAGAAGAAAAGAGCAGAAAUCUUGCUUACCUAGAACGACUAAGUAAACUAUGGCCCGUGGGACGUAGUUGGUGGCGGGCGGUGCAAGAAGCAAACAAGUUUUACGAAACAGUGAAGAGUACCCAAGCCCACACCGAAUCCGGGAUGCACAGCCCAAGAAGAUUUGCACUCGCCGGUACCCUGGAUGAGUAUGGCGACAUCCGGUCUCGUCCAAAUGCACAUGCGACAAGGGCGGCAACUGCUGAAUCGCGCGAUACGCAAAGCUCGCAUGCUCACGGGCGAACUUCAUCCUCGCCUGGUCUUGAGGGCGGUGCCAACUUUCUUGCUAGAGACAGUACGCUUUCUGGUCAUGACUUUGAAACUGAUAUGCUUCAAUGGCCUUUCAUUGAUGGUUCGUGGUCUCUUGGGUUUGAUGCUGGAUUGGAUGGGUUGUGGUCUAAUUCGGGUUUGUUUGAUCCAAAUCCAUCGCUUAGAUGA